UGGCAGAUCUUCUACAUAUUUGUUGGUUAUGUGUUUUGAGGUGAAAAACACCCAAAAUCUCCGUGCUUUACCAUUCGAUUGGGCUGUUGAAGCUACCAAAUACCUAAGCAUUGAUGGUAAUGCAUGCAAGGAAAUUUCCAAGGCUCAAUGAUGGGUAUUAUAGCCGAAAUGAGACUCAUCCAUACGAGAAUAUGGAUAAGUACCCAUCAAAAUCAAAAUAUAACGAUCGUUAUUAUGACAAACUGGACGAGUCUCCCAGUAGCCGGCAUCGGGAUGAGAGUCCAAUCGAGCGACCCAGCCCACGAUAUCACAACAAAUCUUCGUAUAUCGAAAAGACCAAGGAAAAACUUGACCGAGGUUCAAGUGGAUCUCCAGGCGACCGCCGACUCAAUCACCACGCAGGUUCUCAUGCGAGCUCUAGCAGCAGCAGUAGUAAGAGUAAUAAUCACAACAGUCAUGACAGAGAUCAUAAGAAUGGUCGUGAGGGCUCCACCAAGAAGGAUGUUAGAGCAGAGGUACACAAGUCGGCCCUGCGGGUGUGCGGAGACUGGUCAGAACACACCAGCUCCUCGGGGAAGAAAUACUACUACAAUUGUAAAUCUGAAGUAUCCCAGUGGGAGAAGCCUAAGGACUGGCAUGAUACCAUGUCCCACAAGCCUGAGCGCAGGUCUAAGGACAGGGGAAUGGAAAGGCAGUCCUCUAUCAAAUCCGAUGAAGAUAAAAGACAUUCCAUUGAUAAAAAUGACCGGGUGCACAGGACGUCGCAGUCCUCAUCUCACGGAUCUGUUAGUAAAAUGUCACAAAAUUCCGACCACGCCAGGGCGCGGCACAACAGUGCCACGGAACAGUCGCAACGUCUCGGCCAAUCACAGCAAAGGACUGGUAAUAACGUGUUCUCAGAACACUCCAAUGACUCGUUAUAUAAGGGGCACAAUCGCGCCUCGACGGAUAGACGUGAUAGUAGGUCAAUAUCUUUUAAUCAGACUGACGGACGGUUAUCACACUCGCAGGAUAGCUGGAAACGGGAUUGCGAAGAUGCUGGUCAAGAAGAAGAUAUGGAUAUCUCACCGGGCAGCUCGCCCACAAAUUCUCGCCCAUGCUCACGACAACACUCCCAACAGGCGACACCUAUUGUUAAUUUAGCAAGUUCAUUGAAUAUGGGAGCGCCGUCUUCCGCCACCAAUAGUUUGUCAAAUUCAAUGGUGGCGCCGCCUGGCGUGUCGUUACCCCACUUACUGACGCAGAUGAAUGACAAGGCGCUGCAGAAUCUAAAUAAUCAGGAAUUAACGCAACAAGCAUUACAAACCCUUCAAAAACUUCAACAAGCCUUGAGUAGGCAAGUAACACAGAAUGCCAUUAGCCAGUCUCCCCCAUCAACAACGUCGGAUAUGACUCCGUCACCGUUCACGUCGCCCACGUUAAACUCUGCGCAUCACCCGGCAAGAAUACGGACGGACUCCACCACGUUACAUAGUGACGAUGGCGGUGCCAGUCCGCGGUCAGAUCAGAGUUUUAGGUCAUCAAGGCAUGGUAGUCCGACUCCAAGCCAGGGUAGUUCACAAGGUGUCCCAAUCACGAGCUGUCUCGCUUCAAUCAAACCAGCGUCAACUAUAGAGCUUACUCCUUCUUUAGCAAAUUAUUACGAUGAAAAAUUAACUGGUCACGUGUCGGGGUGGCAGGGGACUCAUAUUGAAAGACAGGCUGACCACUAUAUGGAGGACGCGCAUACUGUGGGGAGUCUUCAUUGUACGCAAGUGUCUGCUGACCUCAAGAAGGCCAGGUCUUUAGUUCGUAUAGCGGAGAUACAAUCCACAUUACAAGAACAAAGGAUAUUAUUUUUAAUACAACAAAUAAAAGAACUGGAGACUGUAAAGAGCCAGAAUACGUUCAUGUCAUCUUAGUACAUUAUGUAAUCAUUGCUAGUGACUAAUUAAUAUCAUUAAUUAAUUCUUGAGUCUGUUGCAAAGUUAACGAAGUCAAACAGACUUUGGUCCGGUUUCGAUAAUUCAAAUUUUUUAAUGAACAUUGAUGUUAUUUUGGAUCUGUUGAUGGGGACUGACCAAGUGAAUCAUAUUUGCUGAAACAAAAAAUGUUAUGUAUGAACUUGUAGUUUGGUUGAUCUGGAAAUUUGAAUCUUUUCUUCCAAAGAAGUUUUGGGUGUGCUUAAAUGUUUGAUUUGGUUUAGAAAACAGGCCAAAAUGUUCGAUAUUUGGUAAUUUUGAAACAGACUAUGAAACGCUGUGAAUAGCUGUAAACGUUUUUGUCAAACUGGCGGAAGUCGUAGACUAUUUCAAUGUAGAAAUCUGUUGCCAUGAGGUGCUUAGCAACUGUUGCUAUGGUUACAGCAGUUGCUAUGGCGACUUCAUAGUAGCUAAUCAAUCUUCUUGGAAUAUUUGGGUCAAAUUUGUUUGGCAGUGUUGGUUGUCAGCGUUGGUCCUAUCACAAAAUGGGACUUCCAUAAUUUCUGGCUAACGGCAAUGUUUUGCUGGCCGCAGUGUGUGUUCCGAGAUAGCCUUACUAUGUGAAGUUUAAUUCUCAAGUGGAUAUGUUUAAUUUUACACUUGGAUUAUUUGGAUUACAAUGUAAGCCUCGUGGGGCGUUGGACCAGGUCUCGCUUGAUUUGGUAAGUCUGAUUUUUUUAUUGUUGUGACUUUCAACAGACCAGUCAUUGUCGAUUGCAUAGAAGACCACAGAAAGGAAAACAGUCAAAAUGCAGGGUGGCGUCUUCACUAAUUCCAGAUUGCAUAGUAUUCCUGAAACGUUAUGUAGUAUUUAGCUUUUCCAGGGCUUCUUCAUCUUGGGGCAGGCACCCCCAAACGGGGGAUUUUUGUUGUUCCGACCUGCAAUUAUGAUUGCACGAGAUAGAAAUUGCUUGUUUGCCAUGGUCAGCUGAUCGAUUAAUCUACACGUCUGUCAUUUUAUUCGGGUGUCCUCGUCUGCCUUCUAUUUUCGAAUUUUUUCCAUUUACUGAUAAUCGCAAAAAUAUAUGGCUGCGAAAAAAGAACAUCUGAUUGAAAACAGUUAUGGAUUUAUUAAAACGCUAAAUCAAAACUUAUAAAUAUGAUCCUUAAUAUUUCUGGUUUUAGAGUAUUCCGAAUAAGCUCUGCUGAAAACCUGACCCUCCCUUCCCCUUGUUAUAACUUUUUAGCUCACCUCUUAGCAGAGGUGAGCUUAUCCCAUACCGUGGCGUCCGUCGUCCGUCGUCGUCGUCGUCGUCGUCGUCGUCGUCGUCGUCGUCGUCGUCGUCGUCGUCGUCCGUUAGCAGGGCACGUUUCGUAACUGUUAGAGCUAUUGAGUUGAAACUUGGUACACAUGUACCCUUAUGUAAUGACACCUGGGAGACCAAGUUUCGGUCCGAUUCGUUUCAUGGUUUGGCCACCAGGGGGCCAAACGUUAAAAGUGAAAAUAUGCAAUAUCUCCCUUAAUAGUAGUCGGGAAAUUUUGAAAAAAAUAUGGUAGGUACUUCUAGCAAAGGUGCAUCAUAUAUCCUCCGGGUUUUUGAUUUGACCUCCUUUUCAAGGUCACAGAGGUCAAAUGGUGUAAAUUGGCCGUUAGGAUGUAACGAUGGCACGUUUCUAAACUGCAAUGACUAUUGAUACCAAAUUUGGUACACAUUUACCCCUUAGUCAGGUGAUCUCAGGGACCGAAGUUUGGUCCAAUAUGAUUCACCACUUGACCACCAGGGGGCAAAAUCCAAAAACCUUAAAAAUGUGAUUAUUCCUUAACUUCUUGCCCGAUUGCCACCAAUUUGAUAUCAUGGGUACAUCUAACCACCAUACAGUAUAUGUCACACAGGUUUUUAAUUUGACCUUCUUGUCAAGGUCACAGAGGUCAAAUGGCGUAAAUUCGCCGUCGGGCCGUAAACUAUGGCACGUUUCUUAACUGCAAUGACUAUUGAUCACAAAUUAAGUACACAUGUACCCCUUGGUCAGGUGAUCUCAGGUACCGAAGUUUGGUGCGAUCUGAUUUGCCGUUUGGCCUCCAGGGAGGGGGCCAAAUCCUAAAUUCUUCAAAAUGCCAUUAUUCCUAGUAAUGACUUGCCCGAUUGGCACCAAUUUUAUAUCAUAGGUACAUCUAAUUCUAACAACCAUUCAAUGUGUCACCCGGGUCUUCUUUGAUUUGACCUACUUUUCAAGGUCACAGAGGUCGAAUGUACUGUAAAUUGGCCAUUUUGGGGAAAUUGUAAUUGCUUGGACCUACAUCAAACCUAACACUACAUGACACAAGACCAUGCUCUUUAUCCAUCUUUCCUCCACAUGAGGUGAGCACAAUGGCCCUGGCCAUUUCAUUUGUGUAAAAUUCCUGCACUUUAGUUUUGUCCAGGAUUUUGAGAAAUUAUGCAAAUUUUCACUGCAAAUCUUGUUCUAUGGCUUGAUCGCCAAAAUACUUGACCUCCAAUUGACCUACUAUUAGUAGGUCAAUGUCCUAUUGUUCUGUAGCCAUUUGUAUGACACAAUUGGCAUCCCCAUGCUUGAAAAAUAGUCGUAUUUUGGAAGCACAGGUUUCAUAUCCUCCAUAUUUCUGAGUGAGGGGUGGGGAGUCCAUCAUCAAAGCAAAGUCAGGAUUGUUUGACAAGAGCUGAAGAUUCCUGGAGAUGUUUUGUCGAAAGCGACCUAAAAACAAGAAUUGGGAGUGAAAAAAACACACAUUUCUGAAGAACUUGGACAAAAUUAUCAUUUUGUACAUUACCUAUCACCCACAGAUGUAAUCUUAAUUAUUUUCCCAUUAACGUCUUAUUUUAUUAUCUGUCUUUAUUGUAAUUUUCCGAAGUGCUCAACUCAAGUUGAAAUAUUUAUCAUUUAUAUAUCACUAAAUUAAAUUUUUUGCCGAUUGAUGUGCAGGUUUUGAAGAUAGUUAGGAGGUGUAUAUCUUGCCGAACUUGUUUCUUCCUGUACUAAUUUAUGAGGAUAUAUCUAGGAUUUCAUCAGGCAUGGUGACUUCUUCCAAAUAAGUACAUGAAGUACUUUAUACCGUACUCCUUUUCAAAUGGACACUCUAUUUUUCCGAAAAAUAUCCUGACUUUGCACAUGGCCUACAUUGUAGGUAGGUCGUGCAAUAACGCUGGCAAAAGGUGGAUCGCAGCCUUGUAAGAUGUGAAAUGCUCUAGAUAUAUCCUCGACUCUCUCUCUUGAAUGACUAAACAGUAAUUAUUAUUUUGUCUGUAUUUGAAUUUUAUUUUGUCUCCAAUGUCUCCAGUACUUGUAUAAUCAAAAGAAAUUCUAAGCGUAUGCCGCGUGAGCGUUGAAGAACUCACGAGUCAUGUGACACCAAGGACUGCUGUAACCUUGCAUCCCAAUUUCAUGCACUGUGCCACCUCUGGUCUCAUAAGCGUUUACAAUAUGUCUUUUAAUGGCUUAACCCUUUAGAUCCUGGAACAUAAUGUGUUUUCAUAGAGCAUUUCAGCAAUUUUCACCCCAAAAGUCCUGAAAAAGCACCCUUGUGUACAAGCCAGCCACUAAAUGACCGUAAUAUUUCAUCAAGCGAUCCCAAAAGGCCUGAAGCCGUCUUAGUUUGCAGUGGUGUCGCUCGAGAAUGGAUCGCGUACUGGUGAGUGGUUAGCGGCCGGUUUAGGAUAUGUAGACGCACGCCUUGCAUUUAAAAAUUAUAAGGGCAGCCAUUUUAGAGCCAUUUUGACGUGUGAAAGAAUAUCUGAGAGGGUACAAAGGCCAUUUUUGGAAGGCAGCGACUGGUGACAAAAAUCAGUGGUUGGAUAUCAGCCGGUUGGGAUCUAAAGGGUUAAAACAAUAUAAAUUGUUUCUAUUUGGCGUCAUCCCCGUGUAAUUCUCAUUUCUAGUAUGCUGAUAAGUGAUACAUGAUGAUUAUGACUUUUUGCCAAAGUACCGCACGAUAUCUGUCGGUUUGAUAAAAAUGUUGGGUUUCUGGUGUAAUUGUUGGCAUAAUUUCCGCUGUGUUCUGAAGUAAUGAGUUGCAAUGUUGUUGUUUUCUGUUUGGCCUUGACCUUGACCUUGAAAUCUGUGUACAGAGUGUCCCGAAAGAACGUUUUUAAAGGUCGGAUUUGUUGAAAGAGAGACUUUCAACUCUUUGCGAUUGUAAAUUCGGUAAUUUUCGAUUACUGUUGUGUUGCCAACGUCAGCGAUGAUAGCCUCAACAGUCCGUGCAUAAAAACUAAUGCUGAAUUGUAAAGUAGUAUGCAGAGAUUAAGAAAGUUUGGGAUGUUAAAAUAUUUGAUUGUCCGCUGUCCACUUCCAAGUUCCAUCAGAGGCCGAAUAAAUUAUAUCCAAAAUUUAUGAGUGUUUCUGGGUUUUCUUGGUGUUGCAGGCCAUUCGGUUGUUCAACCUGUUUGGCAACAACCUCUGUUUUCUUCCUAAUAGAAAUAAAAGUUAGAUUAUGGACUUUGAGUUCAGAUUGAAAUGGGGACAAUAUUAGUAAUGGCUUUAUAGCUAUACAUAGCCACAUAUUUCUGGGGUAGGUAAGAAGGGGUUAGCUCAUUCUGAAUCUGAUUCAGACCUCCCCUGUGUUAUGUAAUUCUGCAACUGGAGAUCUUCCAAUUUGAAUCGGAAACACUGAUAAAACAUGUCUUGUGUUUAUUUAAAAAAUAAUUUUUCAAAAGUUCGGAAAUGGAUCUUUGGGCUACUGUGGUUGUUCAGUUAGGUCAACUUUGUAAAUAAGUAUUCGCCCCAAUCUUGGGUUGACCAAUGAAAAGUUUGCAUGCAUAACAAGGCAUUUAAUCAUACAUGUAACAUAGCUUCAUUUUAAAUCACAUGCAAUUCAUGCAUUCGGAUCAGUGUUUUGGCAGUGGUGACACCUACUGGUGUUUCCUGAACAAAUUUUCAGUGAAUGACUAAAAUAUCUACUGAAAGGUAAAUAGGGAAAAACUACUGUAAGGUAAAAUGGGGGAAAGCUGCCGUAGUGUAAGCUAAAAUGGGGAAAACUAUACAUUAAACCGUAAAGUUAUUUUAUUUUCCUAACAAAAAUAAAUAGCAUAAAAUAACUAGUCAAUUUAUGUUGAAAAAUGGUCCUCUGAAAAAGAAGGAUGCACGAAGCAUUUUUUGUGAUAAGUUCUUUGCCAGCUUAUAGUCGCGAAAAUUAGACAGCAAGGAGACCCAAAAUGAGUGGCAAGGCCACUCUCUUGAAUUCACACAUCAAAGUCUCAGAGAGUAGCCCAUGACUGUAAAUGAUGACUGCUGUUAGCCACCUGGCAGGAUCAUGUGGAUUGAAAACCGAAAAGAAAAGGAACAUGUUCGCACAUAAUCGGGCAAAAAUUUUGAAACCAGGUAGAUUGUCUUCCGCCAGAAUCAUGUCUCGGACUAUGAUAAUCCGAAUCGAGGCCAGUACUCUACCAAAUGGGGACUGUUUUGAAUAGUCAAGACCUGAAAUAUAAAAUCUCACUCAUAGAAGUCGUUACCUCUUGGUGUGUCAUUCAACCAGUAGGUGUCACCACUGCUACGUUUUUAAAGGGAUACUGUGUAUAUUACUGAUGUUAAAUGUUUUAGUUCGAGGUGCGAGAAGUUAUCUAGGUUAUAUAAUUAUAGUUCCCUUUACUGUGUUGCCACUAGUUUCCGUGGCCACUUACGACCUUUUGAAGGUAAAUUUUAAAGUUUUUUACGUGACAUGGUGUUGUUCUGGUAGCAGUUUUUGGUCAGGACCUGUCGCGUUAUCUACAGAUGGCGGAUAUGGAAUAUAUUAUACAUUGGAAGGUUUGAGGGUAACCCAAUAGAUUUAAACAGUUUCCUAGGUUCAGUAUGUGAAAUAAGAGAAAGUGGUGCAAUUAUAGCCCUUACUGUAUAGCAAUCAGUUGCCAGUAGGCAUUAAUUUACACAAAGGCAAGAAGCCACAUGGGCCAGUGGUAACUCUGCUGGCUACCACACGAAAAGGCCCCAGUUCAAUCCCGGGGAGAACCCAGGAUUGUAUUUCUUGAUGAACUGGCGUGGCUUUCAAGGAACUAAAAUUCCUGGCUCUUCACAGUCCUUCGCAUGAAACAUAAAACCUAGGUUCCUUGGUGUCUGUGCCAGAGCAAGACCCCACCAAGUGAGAAACAUGAGUAGCUUGCGUGGACUCUACCUCUGGCCAAAGUCGGAGUCACUUGGCCAAUAAACUUAAUUGGUCCCUUUAAUAAACCGUUGUGGCGAGCAUAAAUGCUCAUCCCUCGUUGGAGGAGAAAUGCUCCCUGGAGAAAUUCACCUCCAAGUGCAGAGCGAACGCUGAAGAAGAACCACGAAGGCCAUAAUUGUGGCACAAUACCUAAUGUAGAAGUUGGUUUGGCGGUUAUGUAGUUGCAUGCACCCAUUAACCAUUGGGGAUAAAAGUAGGGUAGACGCUUAGUUCGCCGUUUUAUAAGCGAACAGGACAAUUCAAAAUCAGAUAAUGGGUGAUAUGAAUAAAGACUAGCAAAUGCUUUUACUUCAAUUUUGUACAGAAAGGCCUAGUGUAAAUGUACAUGGAGUUUUAGAUAAAAGCAUUUGCUAGUCUUUAUUCAUAUCACCCAAUAACUAGGGAAUCUCUGAUUUGAUAUGUGCUGAUGCAUCUUCUUUGAAUUCUCUCUGCACUUGGGCGUGAUGUUCUCCAGGGGGUAUCAAUCCUCCUCCUCCUAAAGCGGGAUAAGUGUUAAUACACCCCAUUUCAGUUUGGCACCAGUUAGAUUAUUGGCCUAAACCAGGAAGUGACUCCUAUCUUCCGCUGGAGGUAGAGUCAAUUGCAAGCUACUCAUGUUUCUGACUUAAAUGGGUUCGUUUAUCAUUCCCUUGGCAGAGACACAAGGUACAUUGUACAAGGAGCUUCAGUUCUGUUUCAUGCAAAUGGGCCUUCUGUGCUAGUUCCAUAGGUCAAAGAGAGAAUACAGAAAAAACUAAACAGAAUUUUGGUCUCUUGCGAUUUAGUUGCCGGUGUGCACUGUACUCCAGGGAAGGGAACAUGCCAAUACUUCUGGUAUUGGCUGCGUUUUUUGUCUAUUUCUAUAAAACUGCCACAACCAGGCCCAAGACUUGCCAUGUAACCAUGGUGACACCAAUGUCAACACCAUGUCCAGUGUUUUUCAAUGAGUUUUUGACGGGUGGUGUUGUAUGAGCGAAAGUGUCAUAUUUUUGAGGGUCCACCGAGAUAUUUAUAACGUUUAUUGAUGAGGUGUUUUACACUGUGCUUACGAAGGUAGUGUGAGGUGUUUGCGGGUUGUCUAUAGAUUAUUUUAUUUGGAAAUGUGGACGAGUAUGUUGGCGGGGUACAAGUGUGAACAAAUAUAUAAUUACUUUAGAAACUUUGAAGUUGGUCUGAUGUGCUAAAAAUAAUUGACCGUGGGUUACCCUGAUUCUAACAGCGCCAUGGUCAUUGACGAGGACCGAUUAUACAGGGUCUGCCAGAGCCACUUGUAAUUCCAAGAUCUGUACAUUGCUCUUCGUUGAGCCCUGUUUCGGAGUCACUGUACCUUUAGAACUUGUGUAAAGUGCCUGCAAUCCCAACACAUUUCCUUUGCUUGCCUGGCAGUGUUUUUCACGAGGUUAUCUUGAAGCAGGGUGGUGUCCAAAGAUUUUCCUGAUCUGUCUAACAUACAUCAUGCACAUGAUUUGAGGUGGGCCCCGUCAGACAUGUGCAUGAUUUGAGGUGGGCCUUUUCAGGCAUGUUAGGAAUGUUUGGUGGGCCUUGUAAAGUGUUUUUCAGAAAUGGCUGCAAAAAGGGUCCCAUUUACUCAAUUAAUUUUGAGAUGAUUUCAAAAAUAACAUUUAACUGCAUGUAAGCAUCAGUCGGGAUUGGCCAACUCCUGCUUUAAAACUGAAGCCACCCUGCUAUAAAAGUAACUCGUGGAGAUCACUGCAUUUUGUCUCACCCUCUGUUUGUUAAAGUACGGCUCUCGUGGGCCGCUUGAUCGUAAGUGACAGAGAAUUCGCUUUGCUGUUCGGUCAAAAAGGUUAUUUUGUCUGCUAAGACAAAGGGAAUUUUCUGCUGUACUGGUAUGAUUAAGGACCUGUUUGUGUGCCGUGUUGGAGGGACACUGCCUAGGGGGGAUGUUGUAUAAAGGAUCGGUUGAUGACUAUUCAAGGCAGGAUUACUGGUGGUUUGGCAUCUUUUAGUCCUGUGGGAUAACAUUAUUUUAGUAGAUAAUUUCGUUCAUGUAUUGAAAAAGUACUUCAAUGAAUAAAACUGUA